ACGGGCGGGUGGGCGCCGCCGGUCCCCGGACCCCCUGGGGCAGGUACCUCAAGUCCCCCCUUGUCGGGUUCCCUGGGCCAAGGGCGCGGGCUGGCUCUGGCAGGGCGGACCCCGGGGCCGUGCACCCCCCGGCGUGGGAGCGGCGGGAGCAGGGGGCGGAGCCCGUGGAGGACGGCGGUGUCCUUGCGGCGCCGCCGGAGACGUGCGUCAGUGGACGCCGGGCGGUCGGCGCGACCCUCCGUCUCCGAACGCGGACUGGCAGGCGCGCUCACCAUGUUGUCCCGGGCGGCGCUCAGCACGAGCAGGACGCUGGUGCCGGCGCUGGGGUGUCUGGGGUCCCGGCAGAAGCACAGCCUCCCCGACCUGCCGUACGAUUAUGGCGCCCUGGAGCCUCACAUCAACGCCCAGAUCAUGCAGCUGCACCACAGCAAGCACCACGCCGCCUACGUGAACAACCUGAACACCAUCGAGGAGAAGUAUCUGGAGGCGCUGGAGAAGGGUGACAUUACAGCUCAGAUAGCUCUUCAGCCUGGGCUCAAGUUCAAUGGAGGAGGUCAUAUCAAUCAUUCCAUCUUCUGGACAAACCUGAGCCCUAAGGGUGGUGGAGAACCAAAAGGGGAAUUGCUGGAAGCCAUCAAACGUGAUUUUGGUUCCUUCGACAAAUUUAAGGAGAAGUUGACCACUGUAUCCGUCGGUGUCCAAGGCUCAGGUUGGGGUUGGCUUGGUUUCAAUAAGGAGCAGGGACGCUUGCAGAUUGCUGCUUGUUUUAACCAGGAUCCCCUGCAAGGAACAACAGGUCUUAUUCCACUACUGGGGAUCGAUGUGUGGGAGCAUGCUUAUUACCUUCAGUAUAAAAAUGUCAGACCGGAUUAUCUAAAAGCUAUUUGGAAUGUAAUCAACUGGGAGAAUGUAACCGAGAGAUACAUGGCUUGCAAAAAGUAAAACAUUAUCAUUACAUUGAGCAAAAUAAGGUUUUCACAACUAUUUUUGUAGUAGUGCAGAGUACCAUAGUAAACCAGUAAGCUGCUCUAUUGUAGCAUUUCUUAAUGUAGCUUGUUCAAGCGUUUUAUGAACAUGAUUCAAUGCUAUGGAUUUCUUGUUUUCAAAUUUUGUUGUUGGGCAACUGAAAAAAGUAAGUGGUUUGUGUGAUAUAGUCUUUUCAUUGAACAUCUUUUUCAUAGAGUUCAGAUAGCUAGCAGGUUAUAAUUGCCAUCAUAAAACCAUCAAAAAGAUCUCAUCCUUGUCCUCUUCAGGCCUCCAGGGAAGCCUUUUGCCUCAGUUCUAUUGCACUUGUAGAAAAUCUGGUCCUUUGCCCCACUUGUUUAACGAUAAAAGAUUAAAUUUGUUUCCCAAGGGAAAUGUUCAGUUUUUCUAAUGAAAAUUGCUCUUUUUGUAAGUAGUCUUCUGUCUAGUAGUAGUACUUGUAGAUAUCACCCAUGGGCCUUUAAUUAUUUUUGGUCACAUUUUCCAUAGGGUUAACACCAUUUUGGCUUAAAAAAAAUAUAACUUGAUUGCUAAUUGAGAAUUGCUUUAUUAUGAAAAGGAAAUGGUUCUGCCUUUGAAUGUUUCUGUUGGGAGAAAUAAAAAGACUUUCAUGUGAAAUUUUGUCAUCAAACAUAGAUGUGUGUGUUGGGUACAGGCUUAAGGCGGACAAAUCUGGGCCUUAUUGAUAAAAUGAACGUUGGGAAUGAGGCCAGAGACCAUUCUGGCCAGGCACCUGCCCCCUUCCCUGCCCUGUUCACGAGUACCACUCUGAGCAGCAGCCUGGGUGGGGUGCUGCCUUUCCAGAGUGGCAAAAUGGGGAGGAAUUGUCCGGGAACACCGCUUUUCAAACACUUGUCUUUGAAUUAUUCUAUCAUUAUUGAUCUUGUUUUCUUUUAAAAAAUGUGCAGUCAUGAUAGUAGCUUUAUACUGUAUAGUCCUUUAAAUAGAGGAAAACAAUACCCAUAAUCCAGUGAUGCAGCAUGUCAGAUUGUGUUGCUGUUUUGUGUUUGCAGUUGGAAUUGUUUAACUCUAGCAGGAUCCUUUUCUUUUCUUUUCUUUUUAAAGAUUUAUUUAUUUAUUUAUGAUAGACACAGAGAGAGAGAGGCAGAGACACAGGCAGAGGGAGAAGCAGGCUCCACAACGGGAGCCCGACACAGGACUCGAUCCUGGGUCUCCAGGAUCGUGCCCUGGGCCAAAGGCAGGCGCCAAACCACUGAGCCACCCAGGGAUCCCCGCAGGAUCCUUUUCUAAUUUGGCUUAACAUUGUCACAUGUUCCAUGUUUCAUCAUUUUCCUUAUUUUUGGUGGCUGUAUAAUUUAUCAAUUGGACACUUCCUAAUUUAUUUUACAGUUCUGUUAUUGAAUAUUUCAUUGGUUUCUAAUUGUUAUUCAAAUAAUGCUGUGGUGAGCAACCUACAUAGAUUUUACCUUAUUUUUUUUUAAUUUUAAAAAAUAUUUUAUUUAUUCAUGAGAGACAGAGAGAGAGAGAGAGAUUGAGAGAGAAAGGCAGAGACACAGGCAGAGGGAGAAGGAGGCUCCAUGCAGGGAGCCCGACAUGGGUCUCAAUCCCGGGUCUCUAGGAUCACGUCCGGGGCUGAAGGUGGUGCCAAACCGCUAAGCCACUUGGGCUGCCUAGAUUUUAAUUUCUAUUAAAAUAAUUUUUCUAUAUAGGUUUCCUCUUAAACCUAUUUAGUAACAAGAUGUUUUCCCAAGUUAGUAUAUUAUUUUUCUCCCAAGUUUAUUCUAUUUUUUUUUUUUUUUUUUUGCACAGGAAAAUGGAGUAACUUAGCAGUUUCAAUAUUGAAGACUGAAGUUUAAAAAAAAUUAAAUUUAAGGCACUUUUCUUUCAAAAUUCAAUUAGAAAGUAUUUAGGCUUUCUGAAUUGUCAGUAGUGUUGAUGAUAUUAGUGAUAACUGUGUGUGUGCUUGUGGAUUGAAGACACUUUGGAGACUAGGAUUGCCAUCCUUACCUAUACCACGGUAAAGUGACUUUCAUGGAGGGCAAAUGAGGGUCAUGUGAUUACUGCUUACAUAUAUACACACAGAUAUCUGUUGUAUAUAUACAUAUGUAUAUAUAUACACACACGGGCACAUAUGUUCGUAUGUAUGCAGAUAUAUAUGUAUAAACAUGGUAGAGAACUCUGUUUAAACAGACCACUUACCAAAGUAGAACGUUUUUGAAAGGCGGGCUUUUGAAUACAAGUAAUCUGCUAGAUCAUGGUUUGUAUUGAACUAGCACGUACGUAGAUUACAGAUUCAUAUAAAGCUCUUUGACUUUUAUUAAGCUUUACGAUUUAAAAAAAAAAUCAAUGUUGAAAUUUCUAUGGGGCUCUAUUUUUGCUUUGAUUUUAUGUUGAGGGAACAAGGGAAAACACACUGUUCUUCCCUAAGGUUUUGUUUUUUCCUCCCCAUUGGAUAGAUUUUAAGAGACUAAGAUAAUUUACAGAUAAAGAUUUUAAUCAACGAGUGGAGAAUGAGACUUCAAGGUUUUGUUUAGCCCGGUUUUUCAUAAUAGAAAAGAAAGAGAAAAAAUAAAAGCCAUUUCUUCUGAAAUGAACCAAGCACUGUUCAUCCAAGAGGGGUUUUUGUGACUGAAUCAGCAGUGCCUGCUCUUUGUUAGCUUUGCUUCAAACACCAUAGCGUGAUUAGUGCUGAAAACAAGACCCAGGACAAAUACUGUCCAAAAUAGAAUCUGCUGCUUGAACUGUUGUGUAAUAAUUAAACUUUGAUGUUGAGAAAUUACAGUUUUAUUGUACUCCUCAAAUACAUGAUACUAAAAUGAGAUUGGAGUUUCUGAAAAAGUAACAUUAAAAUGAUAAAAUUAGGA